UGUGUUCUGAGCAGUGGAGUAUCUCUGGGCUGAGAAGUAGAUGAAGUCCAUUGCACUUCCAGAAAUGUUCAGUGAAGCUGUGGAAUAUUUAGCAGUAAUGUUCACUGCUGCUAUUUGAUACAGUCAUACAAAUGGGAAGAAGUAUCUGCAAGGUGUCACUAAAGCUGCCUCAAAAUAAUUAUUUUCAUUUUCUCUGAGUUGGUUUCAUGCAUUCAGAUGUUGAAUGCUUUGACCAUAUCAGAUGUCACGAGGUCAAUAAAAGAUUUCUUGGAAGCCUUGGCAAAUCUGGCACUCCAGAUAUCUUGGAAGGGGUUAAUGUCAUGGCAAUAAAUAGGAUGUGUUGCUGUGUUGGCUUGGGUUAAUUAAAGCAUCAGGCUUCAAUUCCUGGGUUCCACUGUGGGUUCACACUAGUUUGUUAGAAACCGUUUUUGACACAUUUGCAUUGUAAUCUUCCAGAAAAUGGUUUAUGCAAUAUGUUGGUGUUAGUUUGUCUGAAUGUGGUAUCUGGCUAUUAUUUUCACGAUUAUUCAAAAGGGCAAUGGCAUAUCUUGUGAUCCAGAAUAAGUCUGUAUAUAAUGUCAAUAUAUUUAUAAAGCAAGAAAAAAAAAAUAACAGACUGUUGACCAAUGUGCUGUACAAUAAUCUAAUAAGCAUAAGACAUCAAAAUAAAUUCAAAAAAUGGAUAAGACAGAAAAGGAGAUACAGCAGAAUAAAUGUGAAUAACACAAAUAAAUAUAAAGUAAAACCUAAUAAAGUAGGUUGUCUAAAUCUGGUGCCACACUAGCCGAUUUUUCCAGUGAUUUUCAGGUGUGCGCUUCAUUAACAUAAUCGCCAGCCUGGCGGAGGGAGACAAAGCUGGCAUUAGCGUAUGCCAGUGGGAGGUCAUUAAUCACUUGACCGUCGACACUCCCUGCUCAGCUAAUGGCUUCAAAAACUGAAUAAGCACAUCAGGCUUGCUUGAAAAAUCAUCCUGUCGCCUGGGCGGGCUCUUGUGUUCUCUUCAAGUGACCAAUGAGCUGCUGCUUUUACUGAAGAACUGACAAAACAUCAAGCUGAUCUGAAUGUUUUCAUCGCACUCAGCUGCAUAUCAUCACAAACACAAUAAUAAUCCAUUGUGAUUCUGCAACCAAGCGUUUUUCCCUGCGUUUUUUCUCAUACACUAAAAUGACUAAAUGAAAUCAGAAAGAGGAGGCACAACAGUCUGUUUUUAUUGAACAUAAUUUUUUCCCUCACUGAAAGCUGCAUAUGGACAUAUGCGUUCUACGUCAAGCCUUGAGGGGAUAAAUACACAAUCACACACUUUACAAGGUAAAGUUACUCCAUGAAUCGCUUCCUAAAUCACUGUAUUACACUUGUUUAUGGUCAUGUGGUACUGCUGUUGUUAUUUCGGCAAGCUACACAUGACAGGGAAUCAGAGGGAGAGAGAGUUGCAGUGAGUUGGUAUGUUUGUCACCCCUCCACCAUUCUUAAUCGGCCAGUGUGUGAUACCUCUGACUGAAAAGUGAGAUGUUUGGAGUCUGAUAGUUUGGCAUAAUUAUAUUGGUGUAAAAGAUUUUUUUUUUUUCUUGGGAGUUUUGAUUGUGUAGAACAUGUAGAACCAUAUAGCUUGACUUGCUGCAUCCAUUGUGUAGUGUAGAAUCCAUAAAUCUAGUCUGAAAUCAUGUUGGUUGGUUUGGUUGUUGGUGUUUUGAGAAUGUUCAUAGUUUUUUUGAAGAAACGGCACCGUUCUUUAAAUGUAUGGUUGGAGGGAGUGCUGUGUGCAAUCUGCCUGUUUUUGAAGAAAGGGGGAAGUGGAAGACUUACGAUUGGAUUGGUUCAGCAGACCAUGUGAUCAGAAUUGCGGAAACAGAGGGAGAGGAGAGAAGGAGGGGGCACUGCAGAAGCGACAGGAUGACCAAGGAGAACAGACAGCAGAUAUUCUAAUUUUGAGAGAGGAAGAAACACAGUAAUGGAGAACGGACAGGAGAUCCUGACGCUUGUUGAUGGGGGAAUGUUUAUGAGACGGAGAGGCAGGAGGAGGAAGAGGGACGAAGAUGUGACACUGAAGAUUAAAAAAGUCAGAUUGGUUUUGAGCGACGAGGGGCUGGAUAAACCACAUCAAGGGGGGGCACCACGAGAGCGGUCUGGCACACGGCGACGUUAUCAAGACGAUGGCAUUUCCGACGAUGAGAUCGAGGGAAAGAGGACGUUCGAUCUGGAGGAGAAGCUGCAAUGCAGCCGCUUCAGCUCUGACAGAGUUAAACGCAUGGAGGGCAAAGACUUUACGUUUGAGUACAUCCAGAGAGGGGGGCUCAGGGAUCCCAUCAUCUUUGAGAGACCUGAUGGGCUUGGCAUUAACAUGCCGGAUCCAGACUUCAGUGUGAAUGAUGUAAAAACGUUCGUUGGAAGUCGGCGGAUGAUAGAUGUGAUGGAUGUGGCUACUCAGAAGGGGACGGAGAUGUCAAUGGCCCAGUGGAGGCGGUACUAUGAGACUCCUCCCUCUCAGCGAGAGAAGCUUUUCAAUGUUAUCAGCCUUGAAUUUAGCCACACUAAACUAGAGAGCCUGGUCAAAAGACCUACCACGGUGGACAUGAUUGACUGGGUGGACAACAUGUGGCCACGACACUUAAAGGAAAGGCAAAGAGAUUCCACAAACUCUAUCAUGGAGAUGCAAUACCCCAAAGUGCAGAAGUACUGCCUAAUGAGUGUGCAGGGCUGUUACACAGAUUUCCACAUAGACUUUGGAGGUACGUCUGUGUGGUACCACAUACUGCAGGGAUGCAAGGUGUUUUGGUUAAUCCCACCUACGCCGCAAAACCUGGAGCUUUAUGAGAACUGGGUGUUGUCAGGUAAACAAGGAGACAUCUUCCUUGGUGAUAAGGCCACUGACUGCCAGAGGAUUAAGCUCAAGCAGGGCUACACGUUCAUUAUACCAUCAGGUUGGAUUCAUGCGGUUUACACACCUGUGGACACUCUUGUGUUUGGUGGGAAUUUCCUGCAUAGUUUUAACAUCCCCAUGCAGCUGCAUGUAUCCAGCAUUGAGGACAGGACACGGGUGCCAGCUAAAUUCCGUUACCCGUUCUAUUAUGAGAUGGGCUGGUACGUAUUGGAGCGUUAUCUGUACAGCCUGACCAACACCUCCCACCUCAUCCCUGAGUUCCAGAAGUACUCUCUGGGCAUUGGCUUUAAGCGGGAAAGCUCAGGCGGUGAGGUACUAAAUGGCCACGCUAAAGAGGAGAGAGAUGACGAUGCUCUCUGUUCUCCCAGUGGGCCAGGAGUAAAAGUUCACCUGACUCCUCUUGAACUGGAGGGGCUGUGGAAUCUGGUGGGGAAGCUGGAGUCUCUGCCGGCACAUAAGAAAUGUGUGCCUUCAGGAAUACACAAUGCUGCUGCCCUGCUGCAUGACAUACGGGCAUUAUUGAAGGAGCAUGCCAAUGACAUCCCCAUACUCUCCUAUACUGGAAAACCUAUUGUCAGAUGGCCGAAGAGGCCACCCUGGUACCAACCCCCUCCUCCGCCUCCACCCGUUAUUCGUCCCAAACUGGCAACCACGCCCGUCGUUCCACGUCCAGUGAAACCAGCCUCCAAUAUGUCGGUCCUGCGACGACGGCGUGUGCGCUGUAAGCGCUGUGAGGCCUGUCUGCGCACUGAGUGUGGUGACUGCAACUUCUGCAGAGACAUGAAGAAGUUUGGUGGUCCGGGCAAACUCAAACAGACCUGUGUUCUCCGACAGUGUCUCGCUCCUGGUUUGCCGCUGUCUGCUGUAUGUGAGAUCUGUGGGGAGGGUAUCCAGGAGACUGGAGAAGAGCUCAUGGAGUGCUCCAACUGUGCUCAGAUAGCACAUCCGAGCUGUUUGAAGGCGUCAGGUGAGGGAGUGGUGAACAAAGACCUGCCGAGCUGCUGGGAGUGUCCCAAAUGUGUUUUUGGCAAAGACACAGAAUCUGAGUCAUCGGGCAGCGGUGAUGACAUCACUGCACAGGAUGGGUCAGGGGGGCGAGGGGGCGAGGGCGGGGCAUGGCACGGGGUCGGGCGGCCCCCCUCUUCUCUCUCCCACAGGUCGCUCCAGAAACGGGCAGCAGCCCCUGAGCAGCUGUUCAGGAAGAGGAUAAAAUUGGAAGGAGGGAAAACACACAAACGCAAGUCCUCUCUUGAUCAUCGAGUGGCAAAGAUCUAUCGGCGGCAUGGAAUGGAGCAUGACGAUGUUUCAGGCAGUGACGAUGAGGAUGAAGAUAGCGGGAAGAAGUCAACCCACUCAAGGGUUGGCGUUUCUUCAUCCCGCCGAGGCUGUGGAGCUGGUAGGCGAGGUAUUUGGAGAGGCUCCAUGCGUCGAGGGGUCCGAGGGGGAGGCAGCUUGGCAACAAGUUCACUGAAAAUGAGACGGGGACUUGGGGCAAGGGCCGAGAGAGGGGGUCGGGUUAGAUUAAGAGGAGGAUCUCAAAUGAAACGACAACGCUAUGAAACGGAUGAUGACGAUGAUGAUGAGGAGGAGGAUGAGGAAGAUGAGGAGGAGGAUGAGGAUGACAGUGAUGAGGAGAGGCAUCUGGGCCGGUCAGAUAAGGAGCAUCGUUCACGAAGACAGAGACGUAGAGGUGAGCACUACGAUGAUGACGACGAUGAGGAUGAAGAUGAUGACGAAGACAGCGAGGAACAGGACUUGGAUGGGGAGGACGAGGAGAUGGAAGACUUGGAUGAUGGUGUGGAGGAAGAUGAUGAUGGGGAGAACCAGUCAGACUCAGAUCCCGACCCCCCUGUCUUACUUGUCUCAGACUUGAAUGAUGACCUUCUCAAUGACUCCUACCUGACUGUGACUCUCCAGCGCCCCCCAAAGGCCAAACGUGAACCUGGCUCCAUUGUACCCAAGCUGGAGGCUGCUGUGUCUACCCGCACUCCCAGCGCUCCUGGCUUCAUCCAGCGCAAGUCGCUGCCCAGGACCAGACUCAGGAACAGCAGCAACUCGACACCUGCUGGUAAUGGCCUCUCUCAGUCUAAAGGUCGCUCCUUGAGACGGAACUCCAACCAUGUUGGUCGCGAGAGAGAGACGGCAUCACCUUCCUCAGUAUCUUCUCGUUCAUCGGUUUCUCCACCUCCUCCUCCCUCCAUCACCACUUGCUCUCCUCCCUCCCUCCUCUCUCUUCCCUCAUUCCGUGAUGUAGGGAAUGAACAAGGCUGUGAAAAGGAUGUUUGGGUGUCGGUGUUCCGGUACUUGAGUCGGUCAGACUUGGCUGUGUGUAUGAGAGUCUGCAAAGCUUGGUACAAGUGGUGUUGUGAUAAACGCUUGUGGACACGAAUAGAUUUGAGCCGUUGUCGGUCACUAAGCGCUCAGGCUGUAUCAGCCAUCAUUAAACGACAACCAGUGGCACUCGACCUCUCCUGGACACCUGUAUCAAAGAAACAGAUCGCCUGGCUCAUCCAUCACCUCCCAAGUCUUAAAGAUCUUUCAAUGUCUGGUUGCUCUUCAUUAUGCGUGUCUGCGUUAAGUUCGCAAAGUUGUCCAGGUUUGCGAACGCUUGACCUUUGUUGGGCUGUGGGCGUCAAAGAUUCACAAAUAAAAGACCUCGUCAUGCUGCCAGGCAGUGAAAGUCGCUGUCGGCUGAGAGGUUUGCUCACCUUACGCUUGUCUGGUUUGGAUCUAAGUGACUCCACCCUGAAGUUGAUCGUCAGACAUAUGCCUUCACUGCGGCGCUUAGAUUUGUCCCACUGCCAGGGGAUCACAGACCAGUCCGUUAACCUGCUCACGGCCUCCGGCUGCAACACUCGCAACACACUCCGACAACUCAAUCUUGCAGGUUGUAAUAAGUUGACGGAUGCUUGUCUAUCCUAUAUGAAGCGAUUAUCAGCCCUUACUUUGUUGGAUCUGCGGGGCUGUAAGAAUGUGACUCGACAUGGCUGUGAAAACUUCAUCUCUGACCUGUCUUACUGCACUGUCUUUUGUCUGACUGAAGACAGACUUAUUCAGAGAAUAUCAUAAUGGGCACACAUACACGCAUACAGUCUCCGCACAGCUCUGCUAAGUGAGCUAACAAGUGCUGCAUCCCACUGAAUACAGGCUGAUCUAGCCUGAAUAGGAGGAUGAGGCUGAAGAAAAGAAAAAGACAGAUGGAAGGAUGUGAGUGUUGUUCUAUGAGGGUGAAAACAGGCUGACAAGGGAGAGUUAUGUUCUUCUCUGCUGUGUCUUUAUCAUGAGAUACAAGUGGAGGAUUUUAAUCCCUCAUCCCAUGAGACAGAUCAAGAAACAUCCAGUGUGUGGCUUUAUUUCUUCGCUGAGCAUUCAGCCUUAUCCAAAGUGACUUCUUCAGAAGACUUCAAGGCUUAUGUGGAUGAGUUUGAAACUAAACUUAAAAAUUCACACCAAGUUGAAUUUGAUAAAUGCGGACUGGAAGAUUCGGUCAGAAAUUGUGGCUUCUGAAAUUUUACUAUUUUAGAGUUUGUGUCAAUCAAUUGAAAAGCAGCAUUAUGAUUGAGGAAGAAAAUAAUGCACAUGCUUCUAGUUCUUAUAUGCCACAACAUGUUGAACAAAGAAUGUAGUGGCAAGCACUUUCUAUGUGCCAUUAAAAAUUUGAAUCAUUCAGCCACCUGAUCCAGAUGGUCUCAUUCACUCACACUUUCUUAAUGUCUGAACACAAAUCUUGGUAGUUCAACCUUUUUUGAAGGUUUUGCUGCCUGUAUUUUUGUGGACACUACUUAUUACACCACAAUAUCGGGUUUUACACAAUACUUCCAAAUUAAAAUCAUUCACUCCUUUGUCUCAUUGUUUGUACCUUUGCUUGCUGUCAUCCCACAUUGCCCAUUUAUCUGCAUUCUCCUGGGCUGUUUAAACUUAGAAAGGGUUGUUCACAGUUAGGCUAAAUUGUUUAUUUACCACUGGAAGCAACACAAUAGCAAUUAUUUCUUAAGAAUUUUAGAAAACAACAUUGUUCAUUUUUUCUUUUCUUUUUUUCAUGAAAAAAAAAUGUUUGACUUUGCUUGUGCCUAUGUUGUUAUUAUUACUGAAGUUGCCUUCAUAUUAUACAUGACUGCAUCUGAGCAUGUUCAUUUUUGGGUUUAUUGUGCCACCUGGGACAGACAUAAUUUUCACUGAUGCGUAAUGUUUCACAGAUAGUUUACCAUGCAUGAUAAAAUGCUUUCAAUAUAAAUUAGAGCCACGGUAACUCAAAUGAAAUUUCUAUGAAUACUUCAAUUUAUAGUGGUUGACUGAUGUUUUUGACAGAUACAGAUAUCUAGAGAGCAGGGUGGCUGAAGUGAUGCAGAUAUCUAGACCUAUAUCAUAUAAUUUAAUGAUAGCAAAUAAGCUGUACACUUCUACAAUGUAACACUUUUUUUUUUUUAAGCUCAAUGAUUAAAUGUCAAUAAUAUGAAAAUGGCCAAAUAUUGGAGACUUGUGUCUCUGUAGAGCAAAAAUAGGCGUUUUCCAAUCAGUGGGUGUUUUCAAACCAGAUUUUUAGAGAUUUUAUUGGAUACUAGUUCAACUCACUUUACUUAUAUAGCACAUUUAAAACAACAGAGUUGACCAAAGUGCUUCACAAUUUAAAAGGAAUAUAUAAAGAGCAAAUUGACAAACAUUACCAAGACACACACUCGAAACAAGUUUAUACAAUACUAGCUCAGAAGCAUAUCCUGGUUUGGAAACACCCACUGAUUACUAAACUGAGAUUCCCUACUUUCACUGUAUAAUUGAAAAUGCCCUCAGGAUGAGAAACGGCCAUUAUUUUUCCGCAGAGACCUAUACUUGAUAUUAUUAAUAUCAAUUUAAUUUGCCUGUCUGAUGUACAUUCUCAGUUCUCAAAUAGUUGGGACAGUAUGGAAAAUGCUAAUAAAAACGAAAAGGAGUGAUUUGUAAA